AUGGGCGAGCGCCGGGGGCGCGGGGCCGUGCAGGAGGCAGCCGGGCCCGGCGCGGGUAAGGCUGGGGCCGGCGCGGGUAAGGCUGGGGCCGGCGCGGCGGGGCCCUGCGGGUGUCUCGGGGCUGCAGUCGCCGCCGGCGGAUCGGGGCGGCGUGCCCGGGGACCCGCCCGCUCUCGGGGACCCGCCCGCUCUCGGGCACCGGCGCCGUGCGUGCGCGGGCGGCAGCGCGGCCCCGCCUGCCGCCGCCGGCUCUCCGGCCUUGCGGGCACCUGCCUGGCCGGGGCCCUGCCCGAGCCGCAGCCCGGCGCCGCGGCCUGCGCCACCGCUGAGGUGCCGGCGGCGGCUGCUGCCACCCCGCCGGGCCAGGCCUCGCCUGGGGAAUGCGGGGCUGGCACGGGGGGGUCCCCAGCCCAGCCUGGGGGUCUGCUGACACGGGUCCUGGGGAGCGCACCGGGUGGUCUCUCGCGUCUUUGUCGGCUCGGGCUCGGGAGGGUGGCAGCCUCCGGGCGCCGGGGCCGCGGGGAGCACCGGCAGCGACCGCAGCAGCUGCUGUCACCUCCGGGGCAGAUCUCCUCCUCCUCAGGCGGCAGAAAGGCUGUCUCUUUGGCACGCAGGCCCCGGGUGCUUCCUGGCGCCAGCAGCUGGCCGGGGCUGGCCGGCGUGAGCGGAGCCAGGCGGGCAGGCAGCGCUGUGGGGGCGCAGAUGGAGGGCGAGGGGGCAGGCAGCCCAGGCGCGGGCAGCGAGUCCACCCGAGGAAGGCAGAGCCCCUCUGCCAGUGCUGCUGCGAAUGGGCCGGGCCUGGCCGAGGAGCCCCUGCUCAGGAAGAACCCUCGCCGCUUCGUCAUCUUCCCCAUCCAGUACCCAGACAUAUGGAAGAUGUAUAAACAGGCUCAGGCCUCCUUUUGGACAGCAGAAGAGGUUGAUUUGUCAAAGGACCUUCCUCACUGGGACAAGCUGAAAGCAGAUGAGAAGUACUUCAUCUCUCAUAUUCUGGCAUUUUUUGCAGCCAGUGAUGGAAUUGUAAAUGAAAACCUGGUGGCCCGUUUCAGCCAGGAGGUGCAGAUCCCAGAGGCAAGAUGUUUCUAUGGCUUUCAGAUCCUCAUGGAGAACGUGCACUCAGAGAUGUACAGUCUGCUCAUAGACACCUACAUCAGAGAGCCUGAGAAAAGGGAUUUCUUAUUUAAUGCAAUUGAAACAAUGCCUUGUGUCAAGAAGAAAGCAGACUGGGCUCUGAAGUGGAUUGAAGACAGAGAAUCCACUUUUGGUGAGAGAGUGGUUGCCUUUGCUGCAGUUGAAGGCAUCUUCUUCUCGGGUUCCUUUGCUGCUAUCUUUUGGCUGAAGAAGAGAGGCCUGAUGCCUGGACUGACCUUCUCCAAUGAACUUAUUAGCAGGGAUGAGGGUCUACACUGUGAUUUUGCUUGCCUGAUGUUCCAUUAUCUGGUCAACAGACCAUCAGAAGAGCGAGUCCGUGAGAUCAUCGUCAACGCCGUUGCGAUCGAGCAGGAGUUCCUAACAGAGGCAUUACCUGUAGGUCUGAUUGGAAUCAAUUGCACUUUGAUGAAACAAUACAUUGAAUUUGUGGCAGACCGCUUGCUGAUGGAGCUUGGCUUCUCCAAGGUCUUUUGUGCAGAAAAUCCUUUUGAUUUCAUGGAGAACAUCUCCUUGGAAGGCAAAACAAACUUCUUUGAGAAGCGGGUUUCGGAGUACCAGCGCUUUGCUGUCAUGGCAGAAACCAUGGACAAUGUCUUCACCCUGGAUGCAGAUUUUUGACCACUUGGCAGAUGAACAGACUGUUCCCCACUUCCCCAUCUUGCUUUCUACUCUGAAGUUGUCUUCAUUUCCUCUGCUGGAACUGGAGCCUGCUGGGUUUGUUGUUUGGUUGUUGGUUUUUGUUCCUGAGAAGUAAAGAUAAUUCUUUUUGUGUCAUUUAACAACGAAAAGGAGAAGGAUCCUUUAAAGAAAAAAUAACAACUGUAAGACUUUUGCAAAGGAUGGCCUUUUUAAGAUGCCCUGUCUUCAACCAGGACCUGGAUACUGCUACUUUUUUAAGCCUUUUUAAGAGAGCAAACUGUGUGUUUACCUCGUGUUAGGGUGUUUGAACCUGCAGACCAGGCAAGGCCUCCCUCUCUGUGUAUAUGUUGCUAUAAAUUAUUUUCAUGGUUUCUGUUUUCAGGGGUAGAGAUUUGGUCUUGAGUAAAAGCUCGUCCCAUUUAUCCUGCUGCAGGUUGAA